ACUUAUGAUGAAAAUAAUAUUCUUAAUGCAAGGCAAUUAGUUGACAACAGCAACAAUGACAAUAAUACCAAUAAAAAUAAAGCUACUUCAAUUUCUGGUAAUGAAUCACCACCUGGAGCAAAAACAACUACAUCACCAAAUCCAGAAUCAUCAUUGCCAGAAGCAAAAGAUAAUACAGAAUCAUCAUCAAUAAAAGCAGAAGCAACCACAGGAUCAUCAUCACCAAAUCCAAAAGUAACUACAGAAUUGCCACUAAAUGCAGAAGAUACUACAGUUGGCUCUGGAUAUAGUGAAGCAUCUGUUUUUGGAAAAACUUCAUUAUAUAAAAAGAUCACCAAAUGUCAUGUGAAAUUUUUAUUAGUUAAAGUAUAUUAA